AUGCUGGGAACUUGGAAGUCGCUGAAAUCAAAAGAAAUCCGUAGACGGUAUGGAAGCUACCUGAGGAUGAAGGCGAUGACUGAAAAACGCCGUCAGCGAGCCGUAGAAGCGACAGAGGAACACGACGAUGAGCAUCGUCCCAUAAAACGAUCACGUACCGGCCUCGUUACAUCCAAAACGACACAACCUGCCUUUCACGCGCAUCGUCUGAACCAUGUGCCCAAGGCUCCUACACACUUAUUAAAUGUGUACGUUUUCGGUUCGGGUUCAAUGAAUGAGCUUGGUAUGGCUGAUGACGAUGUUGAUGUUAUUUACCGGCCUCGUCUUAACCCUUCUCUUACUCGUGAAAAAGCCGGUGUCGUCACGUUGGCUGUCGGCGGCAUGCAUACUGCUGUAGUAACGCAUGAUGGCCGUGUUCUUACCUGGGGUGUCAAUGAUGACUUCGCACUUGGUCGUUUAACAAAGAAUCAAGUCGACGAAGAUGGUGAGCCUAUUGACAACGAUACAUUGGAGGGCACACCCUAUCCUGUUGAAGGCGAACUUUUGAACAAGCACGUGGUCAAAGUCGUGUGCAGCGAUAACUUGACAGUCGCCAUCACAGACGAGGGCGAGUGCUAUGCAUGGGGAACAUUCCGUUGCUCGGACGGUAUUUUGGGCUUCAGUGCCACUCAAAAGCAUUCACCAAGUCCUACGAAGAUUGAUAUCCCCGAAGUUGCCGAUGUGGCUGUUGGAACGGACCAUGUAUUGGCAUUGACAACGGCUGGACAGGUAUAUGCUUGGGGAAACGGCCAGCAAUGUCAAUUAGGCCGAGAAAUACCAGAAGCUGUGAGAAAAGAGGGCCUGGUACCUCAUUUGCUCAACCUAAAAAACAUUCUCGCUGUCGGUGCUGGCUCUUAUCACUCUUUUGCUGUUGAUCGUGAUGGCCGUGUGUAUGCUUGGGGCUUGAAUGCUGCCCGCCAGUGCGGUAUUUACUACGAAAAUAAUGAUGAGGGUGUGAUUGUGAAAGAGCCAACGCUUGUUGAAGCUCUUGCGCCUUUCAAGGUUGAGUCUAUUACCGGUGGUGAGCAUCAUUCUAUGGCUAUUUUACGCGGCGGCCGUGUACUUGCCUGGGGUCGUCACGAUCGUCACCAACUUGGUAUUCCUGAAGAAGAGUUGCCUUCCACCGUCCUUCGUGAUGAUCGCGGUAACAUUUACUCAGUUCCGAUUCCCACAAUUGUGCCUAGUCUUGUUGACAUUGUCCAGGUCUGCUGCGGUACCCAUCACAAUCUUGCCAUUGACAAACACGGAAAAGCCUUCUCUUGGGGUUCUGGCGAAAACUACGAAGUCGGUCAAGGUACAGACGAUGAAGACGUUGCUAUUCCGACUCUUAUACGCUCAAAAGCCAUUAAAGAUGUUGCUAUUAAGGUCGUCGGAGCCGGCGGCCAAUUUUCGGUGAUUGCCGGUCUUCCCACCGAGUCAACAACACCGAAGAUCACCGAAAAAACACCGGCUGUUGUGAGAACUACAGAAGACGUCUCGUCCCAAUCAGGCAGUAUUACUUCUGCAUUUACUGCUACAAGUUCAGUUUUUGUCAAAGACACGACUGUCACAGAAACAGUUUACACGUCUAAUUAA